CAGUUUUUAUGCCUGUUGUGUCUGUGUUUUGCUAGUGUGUUAGUGUAUUGGUGCGCAUUUUCAAAUUUCAGGCUGACAAGUUCGUUAGCUUUGCUUUGUCAUGCCCACACACACACACACAUGCACACACAUACAGCUGUGAGCACUCGCUCGCUCGCUCGUUUGCUCUCUCGCACUCAGCAACAGCGGCUGCAAUAUCACUGCGCUCACUCACAGCUUGCUGCUACUGUUGCUCGCUCACUCUCUCGCUCGCACACGUCCGCUGAAUUUGCUAUAAAAGCGAGUGGCAAUCGGCGACUUCAUUUGAGUAAUUUUUGUGUUGUCGUGCACGCCACUUGGUCUUUAGGCUUCUGUUAAGCUACAGCAAGUUGAAAUAAAAACAAUAACAAAUUCCAACUAGAAAGCCCAACUAUAAAAGUGUGCUGCAGCUUCUGUCACAAUAUUUAUUAACAUUUACCAAAACAUAUUUUGUGCGAAUUUCGUGUGUUUAACUGUUGCGAAGCGCGCGUGUGAAAAGUUAAACAAAAACAAAAAACAAAAAGCAAACUUUUGAUUGCAAUUAUUUAAAAGCAAUUGUACAAGCAAUUUCAUUAUUGUUGUCGCUUACGCAAGGCCAACUAUAUAACAAUACAACUGGAAAAAGUCACAGCCAAUUCCAAAUUUGGAUUAUUAAUAGCGCAUAAUAAAUAUUUUGCGCCGUUAGCAAUCAGAUAUUCUGUAAAAGCAGCUAACAGCAACCACAACAAAUUUGCCAACAGCAACAACAACAACAACAGCAACAGCAGCAACUAUGUCGAGUGCCAGCGUACAUGCUCCCCAAAUUGCCGACAUUUGCAGUCCACUGGCUCACCACAGCUUGGGUCUGUCUGCCUCGUUGCCGGAUUUGGUUGGCAGCCCGUUGGAGAUCAACAUGGACAAUGUGCUGACCAUUGAGGAGCUGCGCCAACAUCUGGGCUCCUGCUUUACGUGCGGUGUCUCCUGGACCGAUGAUCAUGUCUCGCUCGAUUGCAGCGAAUGCGGCGGCUACAGCCUGGAGCGUCCCUGUCCCCUGUGCGACGGCCAGUGCGGUGUCCAAUGGAAACGUGACUUUGCCAUGUCGCAUGCAUGCAGCAAAGCGCGCUGGGUCGGCGUCUGCCUCAGUUUCCCGGAGGCGAUGGCCGCUGCUGUGCAGCAGCAGCUGCCCGUUGCCAGCAAUACGGCCACAACGGCCACAUCCUGUGCCGCUGCCGCUGCCGCAGCGCAUCAGCUGCGUCUGGCGCAGGAACUGUGCUCGCGCCUGGAGCAGCUGUCGACGGCAUCGUCGACGGCGCCAAAUAAAAUGACGCGUCUCUGAAGCGUUCGCGCCGGGCCGGCGUACUCUAGUACAGUGUUCCUUUUCAAAACGUGUUGGCGCCAACUAGACACAAGCACAUGCAUUAUCAGCCACCUGCCACAUGCCACAUGCCACAUGCCACACAUACAUAACCCAUACAUGAGCCAACAAAACAAACAUUUAUUAUUUUAUUGCUGCAUUGGAGAGAGUCGCAGAGGAGGAAUGAGCGCGUGGACGCCACUGGAGAAUCUCUUUCUCUCUCUCUCUCACACACACUUCAUAUUUAAAUUUAGUGCUUUAUUUACUAAGCUUUU